AUGGUGUCCCUGGCACCCAAGAAUUUCUACGGAUCCAAACCUGAUGUGGAGGACGCUGACGAAUUCAUUGACGAAGUUGAGCAAUAUGUGAUUUCAGGGCAUGGAAAUCUCAGCAGCGAAGAAAUGGCGACAAAGCAGGAUAUCAUCGAACAGGACUUGAUCAGGGUCUUCAGACAUCACCUCGAAGGGCAAGCAAGGCGAUGGUACUAUACGACUCCAAAGGAACUCCGUCGGUCUUGGCCCAAUUUGAGGUCGUUCUUCCUUGCUACCUUUCCCUCUCGAGCACUCGAAAUGGAUGAAUACAAGAAGGGUUUGCGUCGUGAGUUUGGAAGUUUGGAGCAGCUCCCGAAUGAAUCCGUUUCGGACUACGUGUACCGGUGGGAAGUGCUGGCAAAACAAAUACAAUGCUUGAAAGCAGGUGACAGUGAUCCUGAUUUCCUGAUAGGCCAAGCCUGCGCUGGUAUAAAGGACAUGGAGCUAUCGCAGCAUAUCUUGAGUAUUGCUGGAGGUUCAGAGGAAAUACCUUUCAGCCGUCUGAGAAGGUUUUCCAACCUCAUAGAGGCUAAGAAGGUCGACAUGGAAGGGCGUGGCAUACACCUGAAACUCAACAAGCCUCAAAAGCCUUCUAGGGUCUCGACUGUCGACUGUGCUUCCAGCUUGCGAGUGGUCGGAUCGAAUACAUUUGGAUAA